AGAUGGACUGACUUCCUUGGAGGUUUUAAAAAAUUUUUUUUUUUAAUUUUUUAAAAAACUUUUUACGGUACUGUAAAGACUGCUGUCAUGUUGCGCCGAAGAAGUGAAUUUUUCAUCUUCCUGGACAACCCCCCUGUGAAACCUGAGAAGGAUGGGCACAAGCUGAGUCCUUAUCAAGAGUACUUACAGGUGCUUCUCCAGAUGAAGAUGACCAGCACUGAUCAAUUUGACAACUUGGAGAAGCAUACGCAGUGGGGGAUCGAGUUUCUGGAGAGGUACACCAAAUUUGUCAAGGAGAGGUCUGAGAUCGAAACCAACUAUGCAAAACAAAUCAGGAAUUUAUCAAAGAAAUACCAACCCAAGAAGAACUCACGGGAAGAGGAGGAGAGCAAGUACACGUUCUGCCGGGCCUUUCUGACCACGCUCAACGAGUUGAACGACUACGCCGGGCAACACGAGGUGAUUGCCGAGAACCUGACGUCGCAGAUCAUCACCGAGCUUUCGCGCUACCUGCAGGAUCUCAAAACCGAGAGGAAAUCGCACUUCCACGAUGGCCGCAAAGCACAGCAGCACAUCGAGGGCUCGUGGAAACAGCUGGAGUCGUGUAAAAGGAAGUUUGAGCGGGAUUGCAAAGAGGCCGACAAAGCACAGCAGUACUUCGACAAGAUGGACGCCGACAUCAACGUGACAAAGGCUGACGUGGAAAAGGCACGGCAGCAGGCUCAGGCCAGGCACCAGAUGGCGGCCGACAGCAAGAACGAUUACUCGUCCUACCUACACAAGUUCAACCAGGAGCAGAAUGAGCACUAUUACACCAUAAUACCCAACAUCUUCCAGAAACUCCAAGACAUGGAGGAGAAGCGUAUCGAGAGGGUAGGAGCGUGCAUGAAGACGUUCGCCGACGUGGACCGCCAGGUGAUCCCCAUUGUGGGAAAGUGUCUGGACGGCAUGACCAAGGCGGCCGAGUCCAUCGAGGCCAAGACGGACUCUAACCAGGUCGUGGAGUCGUACAAGUCCGGCUUCGAGCCGCCGGGGGACGUGGAGUUCGAGGACUACGGGCAGGCCAUGAAGAGGGCGGUGUCGGAAACCAGCUUGAGCAACUCGCGGGUGGAGGUCCGCGAGAGGCCCGCCGGCAAAAGCAAGGGCAAACUGUGGCCCUUCAUCAAGAACAAAAACAAGUUUAUGUCCCUGUUAACGUCCCCCCGCCAGCCCCCGCCCGCCCCCCCGGCCUCAUCCCCGCCCUCACCCUCUGCUGUUCCCAACGACUCCCAGUCUCCCAAGCAGCCCAAGGAGCCUCUUUCGCAUCGCCUCAACGACUUCAUGGCCUCCAAGCCCAAAAUGCACUGCCUGCGGAGCCUGAGGCGAGGGCUUUCUCUCAAGCUGAUCACACUCAAUUCCCACGUCCGGAAUCUCAUUGAGGGUUCUGGACCCGAGGACUUCAGCCACCUACCGCCGGAACAGCGGAGGAAGAAGCUGCAGGGCAAGCUGGACGAGCUCAACAAAGACAUUCAAAAAGAGAUGGACCAGAGGGACGCACUCACCAAGAUGAAAGACGUUUACGUGAAGAACCCGCAAAUGGGUGACCCCGCCAGCGUGGACCCCCGGCUAGCGGAGCUCGGGCAGAACAUCGAGAAGCUGCAGUUUGAAGUGCAAAAAUUUGAGGGCUGGCUGGCUGAGGUGGAGGAGAGGAUGCCGUGCAAGAGCGACACACAGCGGAGAAGCGGACUCUACGAGAGCCACAGCAGCACCACGGUCAACAACAACUGCGCCCAGGACCGAGAGAGCCCGGACGGCAGCUACACGGAGGAGCAGAAUUCCGAGAUUCACGUCAAGGCCAACAACGCCAACGCCAACGCCAAGCCCCCCGCGGCCAGCACGCCCGAGUUCGACGACGAGUUCGACGACGAGGAGGCGCUGCCCACCAUCGGAAACUGCAAAGCCCUCUACCCUUUUGACGGCCACAACGAGGGCACCAUCUCGGUGGCCGAGGGCGAGCUGCUGUACGUCAUCGAGGAGGACAAAGGCGACGGCUGGACGCGGGUGCGCCGCAACCAGGACGAGGAGGGCUACGUGCCCACGUCCUACGUGGAGGUCUUUCUGGGGACCAACGCCAAAGAUUCCUAAACGAGAUGCUGGCUGAGGAAGCGGCAGGGCAAGCGGCCUGGGGGAGAAAUCGCCGUGUUCCUCCUCUUUAAAAACAAAACACAAAAAAAAAAACAAAGCGAGACACGGACACUUUAGAAAACUCUUUUUAUCCUCCGCGGCAAAAUUGUUUCGCGCUUUUUGACCCCUAACAGCUGGGCUCGGUCAUUUGCGCUUGGCCGCCCGACUAACCUUCUCGGGCGUAGUCAGAGAGAGGACGCACCAGCACCCCGCCCCAGCCUGCCGACCGCUGGACCCACUUUCACCUCAUUCGCUUCACCAUCCAUCCAUCCUGGAUCCCAUAAGAUGAGCAAAAACAUACGAAACAUCCAGAAAACACUCCCAAUAUUACCGCCGCUUGAUUCUCCUAAUAUGAGGACGUUACGUAAAGUGUUAUUGCAGAGAAAUAUGUUGUAAUAUUACGAGGUUUAUGUGGUACUAGUUCAACUUUAUUUUUGACAUAUUCUGAGUUGUAAGUUUUACGAAAUCAGUUGUACGGAAAAUAUGUUGAAAUAUUUAAGGACAAAGUUUUGUCUUUAUUCUCAAAAUAUUUGGAAAAAAAAAAAAUCAAAUAAAGCGUAAUUCAUUGUGGGGGAAAAAAAUAAUAAUGUUAUAAGAAGUCGUCAUUAUGACUCUAUACUCAUAAAAUUUGGGCGUUACAUAAAGUGUUAUUGCGGAUAAAUAAUUUCAGUUGCAGUCCAAACCCCCCCCCCCAAAAAAAAAGUCUUUAUUCUUGAAAUAUUAAAAUUGUAAUGGUACAAAAUAGUGUUCUGAAAUGAACUGUUAUGAAAAAAAUGUAAUGUUACAAUAUUUCAGUCGAAUAACAAAAUGUUGUAAGAUUGAAACCUUUUUUCAUAUAUAAAAUGACGAGAAUAAAGAGAAAAAUGUAUGACUUUAUUCUUGUAAUAUUAGUAUGUUACAUAAAGUUUCAUGAUGGAUAAAUAAGUCACAAUAAUGUAGUUGUGAAAGGUUUCAAUAUUUAUGUGGUAAUAUUCCGAUUUGAUUCUCUAAAUAUUCUAAACCUUUAUAUAUAUGUUACAAAAUAAAGUUGUGCUUUGGCACAAAAAAAAAAAUUGUCCUAAUAUUACGAGAGCGAAAAUGUAAUUUACGACUUUAUUUUCAUUAUAUUAGAAUUUUAUUUUGAAAUGGUACUAAAAAUGCCAUAUGAAAUGAAGUUUAAAAUAUUCCCAAAAACAUUAAUGUUACAAAGUCAUUUUCAUAAUAAGACGUGAAAAGGUCAUUAUUAUGACAGAAAAAUUGCAACAUGAUGACUUUAUUCCACUCGUAAUAAAUAUCAUAAAACUGCAAAGCAAAUAAGUAUUAUUACAGAAAAACAAUUGUGAUUUAUGAUUGCAAAACAUCUACAAGGUUAAUGUGGUAUUUUUUGUGUUCGUGUGUGUGUGUGUGUGAUUGGAGAGGCCUUCUCGGCUCCUCCCACUUCAGGAAGUGAAUUUCCCUUUUAGUUGGUCAUGCCAUGAUGUCAUCGUGACGUCAUCACGUCACCCGUGUGGCUGCUGUCUGCUCCUCUCUCUGACGUGAACGCUCGCCGCCCACUCGCCCCUCCCCCUUCCUCACCUGCACCGAGCUGCCGCCUGCCACUCCUAACCCCGCCCCCUCGCAGGACGGCACCGUCUUUUGCAACCAAUCGGUUCUUGGCUUUGUUGUGUAUCGUUUGCUUGCCCCCGUCUGCCGCCCCCAAGCCUGCGUGCGGCCCCAUGGGGGUGGGCGGUGGUGGCAGUGGGGUGCCGCCCCUCAUUGCCUGUUAACUUGAAUGACUUUUUUGGUGGGGUUCACCUUUAUAGUUGUUUUUUAUAGUUUACUGAGCGCGUGCGUGCGUGCGUGCGUGCGUGCGUGUGUGUGUCCCAAGUGGCGCCCCCACGGUGUGGGUAGCGGCGUUGAGGUGCCGCCACUUAUUGCCUGAUUAGGUGAAAGACUUUUUCGGGGCGUGGGAGGGGUCAUAUUUUUAUUUCGUAUUUUAUGACAUCGGUGCCUCCCCACCCUCAGCGACCCCACAGGGGUAGGUGUCGGUGGUGGGGUGCUGCCCCUCAUUGCCUGAUGAACCGCAAAUAAAUCCUUCAGGUUAUCCUUUCAUAAGAUUUUUUUGGGUCAGUCCCUUUAGUUCCGCCCCGCAUUGCCUGAUAACCUAAAUGAGUUUUUGGGGUAUUUAUAUUGUGUUUAUUUUUUUGUUGGUGCCCGCUGCCGCCCACCCCCCGUGGGUCCGUCACUUAAUGCCUGACUAAACUUUGAGGUUUUUUUUUUUCUUUUCAUCUAGAUUAGGAUUUUUUUGGGGGGGGAGGCAGUGCCCUCCGCUGCCGCCUUCUCCCCUGUGUUGGGGUGCCGGGGUGUCCCCCAGGGUGCCGCCCCCCCAGCCCUCAUUGUCUGAUAACCUUUUUGGGAGGUGGUUUACCUUUUUAUUUAUUUUCUGUUGUUGUUGGGUGGGUCGUCACCCUUCAUUGCCUGACAAACCCCAUAAACAGUCAAUCAGGUUACCUUUUUUUUUUUUUUUAUGUCGGUGCCCCCGGCCACCCCCACCCGACGGCGGCCCCACAUGGGUGGGCCAACAGGGAUGUUCAUUGCCUAAUGAACCCCCCCAAAAGUCAUUCAGGUCAUCUAUUUAUUCUUUAUUUUUCUCAAGGCUGAGAAGCGCAUGUCCCCCAGGGGUCCAUCCAGGCCCCCUCGCCCCCUUUUUGUGUUGCCCCGCCUGCCGUCAGACCCCAAAAGUCCCGUUAAGACCUCCUGAAGCUCGUAGUGUUUCUGACAACAUACUGUGACCUGCUUUAUCUGUUCAACUGACACUUGUCGUUCCCACACUGUCAGACUAAAACCAACCAAGAUGUUCACCCACCGCAAUGGCACAUGUCUUUUAUUUGACUUUUUUUCCAGUGAUUUAUUAUUAUUAUUAUUAUUAUUAUUUGAAGCAGAAAAUGUGUGUUACUAGCGCGUUCUGCCAUGGAAUGGCACUGAAACCCACUUUACUGCAAGAGUGUUUGUUUGCUUAAUUGGAACAUUUGGGAUGGCCAGCUAGUAAACAGCAGCCGGCUGAAAAGAAGGAAAAAAACAAGUAGUACGAUUUCGAGUGGAACAAGGUGCAGUGUUACACGAGAAAUACAUUUUCAAUAUUUCGAGAAAUAGAAAUUGGGUAAUCAUUUGUGAAAAAAAAAAAAAAGGAACGU